UCCACGAGAAAGGCCACACCGAGGAUUACAAGCACAAGAAAAACACGCAAACCGGAUUUUAUUUCUUAAAGAGUAUUAACGCAGUUGGAGAUUUUGCGCAGGGCAUCACUGCGUCACGAGAAAACCAUCGGUGCGGUGCUGAAGAUGAAGUUCGUGGCGGUUGUGGCGGGGGCCGGGGCGCUCGCGUUUCUCGGCGCGCUGGUGUGCAUCGUGGCGAGCGUGUACUCGCGUGCGCCGGCCGCCGCCUCCCCGCUCCCCGCGUCAACCAACGGCACCGUGUCGCCACUGCCGCCGGGGUCGCUGGGUGCGCUGUACGGCGCCGACACGAGCCAGCAGGAGCCCGCAGCGGGCGCGGGCCUCGAGACGCCGCUCCUGGGCGAGCUGAGCGCCGGGGCGAGCCCGCAGCGUUUCGUCUUCAGCCGCCUUCUGUGCUCGCCCGUGCCGCCCGGGGAAUGCGCGAUGAGGCGCCGGAGACGCGACAAAGAGCGCGAGCAGCAGGCCGAGGGCGAUGACCAAGAUGAAGAUGAAGACUGGGGCGCGCUGAGCGCCACCGCCGAGGAGCUCCGGCGCACCGUAGCGCUGCAGAGCGAACAGAUCGCCGCUGACCGCAGGACCAUCGACGAACUCACCGGCAAGCUGGCCGAGUGCGAGAGCGCGCUCCUCGACGAGCGCAGCGUGGCGGAGCGCGGAGCCGCCGCGUCGGUCCCCGCGCGACGCCGCCUCAUGGCUGGGGAUGGCGUCCGGGAAUCCGCCGCAGCGCAACUGCACACUGCCCGGGCUGUCGAGGAGCUCGAGAGAGCCAUCCUCCAGCUCAAAGACCGCAUCGAGAAGCUGGAGCUGGAAAUGGUGCCUGCAUUGCUGAACCACUCGGAGGUGGCAGCAGGCUCAACUGGUAUGCGCUUGGCACUGGGCCAGUCCGGUGGGCGAGUGGAGGACGUAGGCGGCGAGCUCGUGCAGAAGGUAAAGCAUUUGGAGGAGGAGAGGAAGAACCUACGCAAGGAGACACAAAACCACAACCAUCGCAUCGACCAGGGCAUCAACACUCUGCAGGAGCGCAUCUCAGAGCUGGAGCAAAGUUUUACAGGGCAAAGUUACCCACAGGGCUUCAAACUGUCCUUUCCCAUGCGGACCAACUACAUGUACGGCUUGUUGAGACGGAACAUUCCGGAGAUGUACGCCUUCACGGCUUGCGUGUGGUUGAAGGCGACCGAGAGCGGGAUCGGGACGCCAUUCUCAUACGCCGUAGACAAGCAGCCCAACGAACUCGUCCUCCUGCAAGGCGUCCAUAAGCCAGCCGAACUGCUUAUCAAUGCUAAGGUGGCACAGUUGCCCCUGUCGUUCCCUCCUGGCACUUGGCAGCACGUGUGUGUGAGCUGGACUCUACGUGAUGGAGUCUGGAAGGCCUACCAGGGAGGAAAGCUGAAGGGGCGGGGCGAAGGGUUGUCAUCAUGGCAUCCGAUCAGAUCAGCAGGUGUGCUGGUUCUGGGACAAGAACAGGACAUGCCGGGCGGACAGUUUGAUGCCUCGCAGGCUCUGGUAGGCGAGCUGUCUCUGUUUAACCUGUGGGACCGCGUACUGUCGCCGGCCGAGAUCGGCACCCUGGCGGCCUGCGGCGAGCCUGCGCUCACGGGGAACGUCGUGUCGUGGACGGAUCGAGACGUGGACGUUUUUGGAGGAGCCACCAAGGAGCCUGUAGACCCCUGCACCAGUGAUGCCACAGCCCAGAAAUAAAGGCGUGUCAGGAGAGAGAGAAGCUGGAAAAUUGUUCGUUAGGAAUGUUCACUGUGGUACAUAAUGCAUUCAUAUUUUCUCCAUGUCAAUGUCCGUGUGUGUGUGUGUGUGUGUGUGUGUGUGUGUGUGGAUCUGCAGGGCCAAUGACUGCAACGGAACUGCUAAGUGCUUAAAAGCCACUGUGUAAUUUCUCCCUGUGUCUCAUGCGUGUAAUCCUCUUCUCAUCGGCUGUGACCCUCAUGUCAUUCCCGCACUCAUUCGCUCUCACGCGGUUCUCAGUAGGAUCGAUAUUUUCCUUCCCGUCCACGCUGACUGUGUUUCUUGACAGUGUAACUGUGAUUGUAGCGGCCUUUAUUUCAAAUCCACUGCACUCUUAUUAAAGCAAGCGUUCUCAGACCUUGCACUAUUUUCUUUUACUUUUCUUUUUACUAUUUACUUUUUCUUUUUCUGUUGUUGUUGCUUCUUUAUGAAUGUCAAAAGUGGGCAAACAUCUAGUCUUUAAUGGUUUUGGAGACACAAGCAUUCCUUUUGUUACUACGACUUUUGUAAAAGCAAAAAAAAAAACAGAGACAGGAACUGAAUGACAGGAAGAAAGUUCUGUGGAGUCCAAAAUGGGACAUUUCUGGUUUAACAGAAGAACUUUUGUGUAAUGGAGAACAGGAGAGAAGAUGUUUGCACCCCCACGGCCAAACAUGGAGUUGUUUUUCAGCAGAGAAAGUUGGAGAAUUAUUCCAAAAAAAUGAAAGGAACCCUAAACCAUCAUGUCCACAGCACCAUUCCAUACUUCAACACCAUGCAAUUACAUUUAAAAUAAUAAUGAACAUGUAUAUAUUUGUUUGGUCAACGUCAAUCUUCGUACCGUUAAAUGACAGUUUGUUGCAAAGAAA